ACUUACAGUGUACAGCUUUUUUCUCCUCUUCCAACCCUCACUGAGAGGAGACAAAUUGACCAAGGCACAGAAAAACCAGAAAUUUAUUUAUAUCCACACGCUUGUCCGUCUCCCUCAGCAAGGUAUAUAAUGGCCACAGCUAGUUUUAGUCCUUUUCUCUCUGCCCCUGCAAAACGCCCCAUAAAUUCUAAUACCAUAAUGCCCGACCCCAACCCGAAUUACCCAAACGGAUCCUCUGCCAACAAACGCUCAAAACCCCAGCCUUCUGCUUCAGCUGCUCCGUUACCCGUCCCUUCGGGACAUGUAUCCUUUCGUCUUCUCUGCCACGCUUCGAGAAUCGGCGGCGUAAUAGGAAAGGCCGGAAACAUAAUAAAAGGCUUACAACAACAAACCGGAGCCAAGGUUCGGAUAGAAGAUGCUCCGUCCGAUUCACCGGAUCGGGUCAUAACGGUGAUCGGUCCGAUUACGCAAUCGGCGGUAGUAUUUAGUAGAAUUGAGAGUGCAGUUGAGGUUUCAAAGGGGCAGGAGGCUUUGGUUAGGGUUUUUGAGAGGAUUUUAGAGGUGGCGGCGGAGAGUGAUUCGGUGGCGGAUGGGGUGGUUUCUUGUAGGAUGUUAGCGGAGGUGAGUUCGGUUGGGGCAGUUAUUGGGAAAGGAGGGAAAGUAGUGGAGAAGAUUAGGAAAGAUUGUGGGUGUAGAAUUAAAGUUUUGGUUGAUAAAUUGCCUGAUUGUGCUGCUUCGAAUGAAGAGAUGAUUGAGAUUGAAGGGGAUGUUUCAGCAGUAAAGAAAGGACUUGUUGCGGUUUCUCGCUGCCUCCAAGAUUGCCAACCGGUUGAUAAGACAAGGGUGACCAACAGCAAACCUGCUGAGGCAGUUUCCAGAGUCUCUUUGUCUGAUGUGCGUGUAGAAAUCAAUCCACGGCAUUCUGCAGUGCUUCCCACCAUAGCACAGAAUUCAUCAGUGCUACCCACUAUACCACAACAUUCUUUAGGGCUCCCCACCAUACCGAAGAGCUCCAUUAAUUAUGCUUCCAGAGUUCAUCCUUUGUCAUUGGAGUCUGACAGGGUUGUCACACCAGAUACAAACAUACCACAACAAGUGGUUUUUAGAAUUCUGUGUACUACCGAUAGGAUUGGGGGUGUUAUUGGAAAAGGUGGCAACAUUGUCAGGGCUCUUCAGAAUGAGACAGGUGCUGCUAUAAGCGUUGGACCAACGGUGUCUGAGUGUGAUGAGCGACUAAUCACUGUUACUGCAUCUGAGAACCCAGAGUCUCGGUACUCAGCUGCACAAAAGACUAUUGUACUUGUUUUCUCGAGGGCUGUGGAGUCUGGCAUUGAAAAGGGUCUGGAUCCUGGCUCAAGCAGGGGGUCACCUGUUACUGCAAGGCUUGUAGUUUCACCAAGCCAAGUAGGCUGUUUGUUGGGAAAAGGAGGCACUAUAAUUUCAGAAAUGCGUAAGGCAACCAGUACCAGCAUAAGAAUAAUAGUGGGUGACCAGCGUAACCCGAAGUGUGUGCCAGAGACUGAUCAUGUGGUAGAGAUUUCUGGAGACUUUGUGAAUGUGAAAGAUGCGAUAUAUCAUGUUACUGGAAGACUCCGAGAUAAUCUUUUCUCCGGCAUGCUGAGCACUCCUGGAGCAAGGAGCAAUUCUUCUGUAUUAGCUGAAAUCAGUCCCUAUGUGAAAUUGAUGGAUCCAGUGAGGGAUUCAUCGUGGGAGCCAGUGAGAGACCCACUGAGGGAUGCAUUUAGGGAUCCUUUGAGGGAGCCAGUGAGGGAUCCAUUUAGGGAGACAGUGAGGGAUCCAUUUAGGGAGCCUGUGAGGGAUCCGUUUAGGGAGCCUGUGAGGGAUCUGUUUAGGGAGCCAGUGAGGGAUCCACUGCGGGAGCCAGCAAGAGAUUCUGCCCCUUAUAUUAUGCAGCCAACACCUGGAAAUUCUCAUAAUCUAAGUCGUCAAACUGUUAUAACACAGAAUAUGGACCAUCUUGGACUUUCACAUAGUUUAGAUCGCCCUCCUUCACCAAGGUUGUGGGCAUCACAGACAAUACCUAGAGUAAAUCCACGGGGCAUAUCAGAUGUCAGCAGAAGAUUGCCUUCUCUUAAAGCUGGCUUAGAGCUUGGCAGUGGAGGCAAGUCUGCUUUUGUUACAAACACAACUGUAGAGAUUGUAGUUCCCGAGAAUGCCUUUGGCUCUGUAUAUGGGGAGAAUGGUAGCAAUCUAGCUCGUUUGAGACAGUUGCUGUUCCUGAUGCUGGCAGGGGUGCUGGCUUGAGAAUGAUUUUGACAUUAUCAUGGACUCCUUGUAGCAACAAUUCACCCUCAUAUGAAAGAACUUUACGCUUCUUUGCCGCACUUAGUGUACCGACCAGUGCUUCAAAUAUGUGUGCACACCUAUCGACAUUAAACAACACCAAAAGUGACCUACAAAGCAAAAAAAAAACAGAGUUUAUGGUGGGGCAAAAUACUCGAUGACAAAACAGCAUGUUAAGUUAUAAUUACAGGAAUAGAAAAUACAGAUUCCAACUUCCUAGGUCUAGUUUCUUGUAAUUCAAGAUCAUGCCUGUUCACACAGACUUGUGCAUGCUGCAUGCACUCAAUAGAUUUUUCUUAAGUUUGUCUAAGGAAAAAAAGAUUGUAGUAUCCAUUACAAAGUGAAGAUACGUGUACUUACAAUUUGAACCUUGUCUUGUAUGGAGUAAUGAAUGGAGAAUACCGAACUAGUAAGUCGUAUGCAAUGCAUUAUGUUUUUACUCGAGUAUGGUCAGAAAACCUUCAAGAAUCUGACACAGAUGUUAGGAAUCAGAACACAGAAAUGAUCCAGAUGAGGUAUUUUGUUGUUUCUUUUUA